AGGACUGGGAUUUAAUCCAGAAUCUCCGCUACCACCCUCAGCAACUCUCCUCAGGGCUCAAGGACUCACCACAAGACUGUGGCCAAGUCAGCUUGGCUCUUUCCUUGGCAUCAUGGUGUUCAAAGAUCCUGUCUGCUCUUUUUAAAAAGGCAGGGAAAGUAGACCCCAUUUUACAAAGUCUCCCAUCAAAACAGUGCAAAUAGUCACGACUUUUUUUUUUUCUGUUGCUGUCGUUGAUGUUACAGGUAUGUGGCAUGUUGGUGCCAUAGGGCAUUUACUGGGAUAUUUCUUUCAAAAAUCCAGAGGAUUAAUGGUAUUAAUACAGAAAUAAAAUCACUGCAUUAAAAUAGGGGGACUCAUUAAAUUCAGUCAUGCAAGAGAUGUGUAGUAAGAACUUGCAUAGGAGAAAAAGACCUAAUUAUGAGAUCAUGCAUGUUGGGAAAUAAGCCGUAUGUUAAGUUAUAGGUAGAAUUAGAAUAAUUUAAUCAGUAGAGUAAGUUGGUUAUGACUGUCAGCAAAAACCACUGUCUUGAAUGUAUUUUCACAAAUAAAACUUUUAUUUUUAAGCAGCAAAUGAGAAAAAGACACAUUGAGUUUUAAAUUAGGUGAUUUUAGAUAUCCAGAAAAAGCCCUCUCACCCCAAGCCAGACAUGUUCUUCAUGAUUUGCCUAUUUCUUCAAAUGAACAGGGUAGAGGAUAGUGGUUCUUCACAGUGAUUGCUCCCUGGGACCCCUCCAGGCUCCCCCCGUCUCUCAGUACAAAGGGCUGGAAGGUAAACCCGCUGAGCACCUGGACUUCUUACCUUGUCUUCACUGCAGCUCCUCAGUGCCUGGAACAGCAUGCCUUAAUCAGUGCCCGACACCUAACGUGCACUGGGGAACGUCCGAUGAAUGAAGAAAUGCCCAAGAAGCAAUAAAAGAACCAGGUCAAAGCACCAGGGUCAAGCCGUCCAUGCCCCUGCCUCUGCGCUGACCUGGCCUGAUGCCACUCCCAUCUCUGGGCCUGGCCGGACCCUGCUGGGCCAGGCCCCAGAGAGGAGAAGAAAAAAAAUAAGACCUAAAUGAAGAGAAACACCAACAAAGAAGAGAGGCCUGCAGAGUCACGUGGGGGCAGAGACCAAUUGGGCCUCCGGUGGCCCCCCCACCCAGGGCGGGGAGGAGGAGGAGGACGGACGGACAGCGCCAGCCUGCUGUCCACCCGCCACCCACCGUGGCGCGAGGGAGUUCUUGCGUGCCCACGGUCCCCACUGCCCCACCGGGGCCACCGGAACCUCUUCCCGGAUCCCUGGUACCCGCUGUCUACCCUCAUCCGGCGUGAGAGCUCGCCUUCCGCUCCACUCUAUGGAAACCGCAGAACACCGUCUACAGAGCAGAUCUCCAUUUUAUAUACGGAGAAACCGAGGUUCAGAGAGGCGGACGCCGCGGGCAUGGACUAUUCGUACGACGAGGACCUGGACGAGCUGUGCCCCGUGUGUGGGGACAAGGUGUCCGGAUACCACUACGGGCUGCUCACGUGUGAGAGCUGCAAGGGCUUCUUCAAGCGCACGGUGCAGAACAACAAACACUACACGUGCACCGAGAGCCAGAGCUGCAAGAUCGACAAGACGCAGCGCAAGCGCUGUCCCUUCUGCCGCUUCCAGAAGUGCCUGACCGUGGGGAUGCGCCUGGAAGCUGUGCGUGCUGACCGUAUGCGGGGAGGCCGGAACAAGUUUGGGCCCAUGUACAAGCGGGACCGGGCCCUGAAGCAGCAGAAGAAGGCACAGAUUCGAGCCAAUGGCUUCAAGCUGGAGACAGGCCCCCCGAUGGGGGUGCCCCCACCACCCCCUCCCCCGCUGGACUACAUGCUGCCCCCUGGCCUGCAUGCACCCGAGCCCAAAGGCCUAGCUUCUGGCCCGCCCACUGAGCCGCUGGGUGACUUUGGGGCCCCAGCCCUGCCCAUGGCCGUGCCCAGCACCCACGGGCCACUGGCCGGCUACUUGUACCCCACUUUCUCUGGCCGCGCCAUCAAGUCUGAGUUCCCGGAGCCCUAUGCCAGCCCCCCACAGCCUGGGCCACCCUAUGGCUAUCCAGAGCCCUUCUCCGGAGGGCCCGGUAUGCCCGAGCUCAUCCUGCAGCUACUGCAGCUGGAGCCAGAUGAGGACCAAGUGCGGGCACGCAUCGUGGGCUGCCUGCAGGAGCCGGCCAAAGGCCGCCCUGACCAGCCUGCACCCUUCGGCCUCCUGUGCAGGAUGGCUGACCAGACCUUCAUCUCCAUCGUGGACUGGGCACGCAGGUGCAUGGUCUUCAAGGAGCUGGAGGUGGCCGACCAGAUGACGCUACUGCAGAAUUGCUGGAGCGAGCUGCUGGUGUUUGACCACAUUUACCGCCAGAUCCAGCAUGGCAAGGAGGACAGCAUUCUGCUGGUCACCGGGCAGGAGGUGGAACUGACCACGGUGGCUGCCCAGGCAGGUUCCCUGCUACACAGCCUGGUGUUGCGGGCACAGGAGUUGGUACUGCAGCUGCACGCGCUGCAGCUGGACCGCCAGGAGUUUGUCUGCCUCAAAUUCCUCAUCCUUUUCAGCCUUGACGGGAAGUUCCUGAACAACUACAGUCUGGUGAAGGAUGCGCAGGAGAAAGCCAACGCUGCCCUGCUCGAUUACACCCUGUGCCACUACCCCCACUGCGGGGACAAGUUCCAGCAGCUGCUGCUGUGCCUGGUGGAGGUGCGGGCCCUGAGCAUGCAGGCCAAGGAGUACUUGUACCACAAGCACCUGGGCAAUGAGAUGCCCCGCAACAACCUGCUCAUCGAGAUGCUGCAAGCCAAGCAGACUUGAGCCUGGGCCGGGUGGGGCAGGGACCAGGGCCGGGAGAGGGGCCGGAGGCACCCCCACGGCCCCCCAGAUGGCUUAUUUUAUUAUGCCCACCCAGGAGCCCCACCGGUGGGCCCCUGCCCCGGAGCGCUCUGAAGCUGUGUGUUUGGGAAGGUGGGUGAAAACCAGCAGGGCCUGGCUGAGGUGGGGGGGGGGCCCUGCUAGCCACUGGCACUAGCCUGCCACUGAGUGCCCCCAGGAGGGCCGCCCCCUACCCCUACCCCAGCUGUCUGUUCUGGAGUCUGGAGUUCAGGUCCGGGGAGGGGUUCGGGAUUCCCUGGUGGGCCUCCAUGUCCCUUGGGUCAGAGGUCAUCCCUUCCUCCUCUCCUGGAAGCAGAGGCAGGGGGAGCUCAAGUGGGCAUCAACUAGGGGAGAAGACAGUGUCUCCACAGAACCCCCUCACAGAGACCAGGAGGAAAGCCCUCUGUUUUUAUAAACAAGCGGUAACUGAGUUUGCUAAAUUGGUCAGGGGCCAACUGGGAGACUGGUUAAGACUAAGACAAAAAAAAAAAAAAAAAAAAAGCCCUCCCUACCCCGCC